AAAAAAAAGAACCGAAAUUAAAGAAACCCAAAAUCUCACACACAAUCUCUCCAAGGAUCCCGUCACGGCCGAUCAGCUGAAGAAAAAUGCCUCCUGAUAAUAAUCCAUUCAGUGAGGAAGACGUUAAUCCUUUUGCGAAUGCUGCAAGUCCAAAAAUCCAGCUUCCUCUAAUGUCAUCAAGCCCCACAGGCUUCAACAACCGUGAUGAGAAAGUUGGGCGUUUGGCCCCAGGAAAUGAUCCAAAGAAAAAGGAGAAGGAUAUUGCAGCAUGGGAAGCAGAUUUAAAAAAGCGAGAACAGGAAAUAAAGAGAAGAGAGGAUGCUUUGUCGAAUGCGGGUUUCGUCAUAGAGGAAAAAAACUGGCCUCCUUUCUUUCCAGUCAUUCAUCAUGAUAUAGCUAAAGAAAUACCAAUCAAUUGUCAAAAGAUGCAGUACAUGGCAUUUGGAAGCUGGCUAGGCUUAAUGCUUUGCUUUGCGUGGAAUCUAAUUGCUGUGCUUAUCUGUAGCGCCAGCGGAGAAGGUGUUAAAAUUUUUCUUCUUGCGGCCAUCUAUGCUCUUAGUGGUUCUCCUCUCGCAUAUGUGCUCUGGUACAAGCCUCUCUAUAUUGCAAUGAGGACCGAUCGUAUGAUGCAUUUUCUCUGGUUUUUCCUAGUGUAUUUGGUUCAUGUUAUCUUUUGUAUACUUGCUUCUGUCGCUCCCCCAAUUAUCUUUGAAGGGAAAUCUUUGACGGGCUUUAUUGCAGCACUUGAUACCUUAUCAGAUAAUGCAUUGGUGGGGAUAUUUUACAUAAUUGGGUCUUGCCUUUUUUCUUUGGAAACGCUUUUGAGCAUCAUGGUGCUUCAGAAAAUUUAUCUUCACUUCAGAGGUAACAAGUGAGAGAUGGCAUUUGCAGCUAACUGAAAUAACACUGACAAGAGUUACUCCUGCCCCUUGAGCUCACCUUGGUGCAUCUAGACUAGUUCACCUUCUUUCAUUUCCCCAUUCUUUCAGUUUUCAUGUAUUCAGCUGAACUAUGAAAGCUAGUUGAUUUCUUUGAGUGAAUUAGUUGCUGUGAUUCACAGUAUGCUCUUUCCAAUGCAUAAUAAAAUGCUCGGCAAAUACAAUGCAAACUUUGUGUGUUC